UGUUUCAGGGCUUGCCAUCGAUUCCAGUCGCACCCUUUAUUCUGUCUUGCAUGCAAACGGCUGCUGAGCCAGGCAUGCAUCACCAGUACACGCGUUGGCGGUCAUCCGCGGCUUGUGAACGCGCUUGCGCGGCAUUACUAGCCCGAGUAGACCUUCGUCUUGUCACCUUCCUCCUCACCUUCACCGUCGUGUCAGGAUGAGCAAUUGGGCCGGAUCGCCUCAUCCAGCCAAUGCAGCGCACGCAACAAGGUACACGCCGUUCUGCGUGACGACGCCCGCCUCCGUCCUCGGGAGCCCCCCCUCCUCCCUCUUCAGCGCCGCCCCCGUUGACAGGGUCGACCGCGCUGCAGCCACCACUAACAAGGCCUUCCGCCACCUACCCCUGCAGUGCAUCCUCGUCCUCUUGAGGUACUGUGUAGUGGCCAAGGAGAACUACACGAUGCGCACCACCGCGCACUGCAUGCAGGCGUGCCGCAAGCUCGACGAGCUCAUCGCCCUGUCCCUGGCCAGGAUGUUGGGGCACACGAACCCGCUUAAGGAUGAGUCGCUUCAACGCUGCCUGCGGCCCUAUCAACGUGGCGGGCUCGCCCUCCGGUCCCAGGAGUCGGCUGCCCCCGCCGCCUUCCUCGGCGCCAUACGUGACUUCUUCAACAGCACGCGGCACCCCUUUGAGCGCGGCCUCCCCAGCAACGCGCUCAGGACCGAGAUGUCGACGGCACUGACGCGGCUCGCGUGCACGACACGCGACAAGGAACAGGGCGGCGUCACCACGAUUGACGAGGUCCUCAAAGCCGGGAGAAAGCUCCAGCGCACCCUGACCAGGAUCCUGGAUGAACGCACCCCUUACAGCCACAAACGCACCGUCCGCGCCUUCCAGCUCAGCGCGGGCGGCCCCGGCUCCUUCCACUGGCUCACCGUGAUGCCCAGCUGCCCAGAACUCACCCUCAACGAUGCACAAUUCAGAACAUCCCUCAGCGCUCGUAUCCGAGUUCCAGCGGCUGGGUACCACCCUCGCGCCUUGUGCAGGGCAUGCCACAAGCCGACGGAGAGCGCGUUCCACCAGGAAAGCUGCCAAUCUAUCCGCCAGAAAUGGCACGAUCAUCUCAACGGCGACAUCGCCGCCUUUCUCCGCAGCAGCGGCCUCUUGGCCGUAUGCGAGACGGGAGGCUACGUGGACGGCGGACAACAACACCUGGACAUCGACUGCACCGUCGUCGCGACCGACCUCACUAUGACCGACGUCGCCCAGACGAGCCGGCUCGCCAAGGCAUCCUCAACGGGCGGCUGGAACGCGGAGUGCGCUGAGACCACCAAGAAGAAGAAGUACGACAAGCUCAUGAGGCAGAACGACAGGACCUUCUUCCCCUGGCCAUCGAAAACGGCACGGGUCGCCUGGGCGAGUUCUUCGUUCGCUUCAUCAAACGCGUCAUCUACAACGCCGACCUCCCAGUACAUGUACACAACCACGCAACACCCAGCUACUACGCCUACGCCCUCCAACGCCUAUCCAUCGCCUUCCAGAAGCGCAGCCACGAAGCCACCAUGACGUGUCGCUACGGCAAGGACGGUGAAACCGCCACGGACAUCCAGACGCACUCCAUUUUUCCUACCGAACGCAACACCAACACCUGGGCCACAGCCGCCAGAGGUCAGCGGGCGCAGCGCAACCGACCGCCCCGCCGCGGAGACGGGCGCAGAAUGAAGCGACAAAGGCAGACAACCGCAACAACAACAACAGCAGCAACUACAACAACAGCAACUACAACAACAGCAACUA